AUGAAGAAACUACCCCGCGGCACUACUCCACAAAUUCGAUGUUCAGCGACUGAACAAAGUUUCUCUCUAAUGACCAAGAGCCGACGAUCAGCGCAUUACCAGCCCGCCUUUUGGAGCUACAACUUUGUGGAGUCCUUGAAGAAGAGGGAGGAAAUAUGUGAUGGCAGCGUAAAGGAGCUGGAGAAAAUGUAUGAGGACAGAGCGAGGAAGCUGGAGGAUGAAGUGAAGUGGAUGAUCCAUGAGAAGAGUGCAGAGCCAUUGACACUUCUGGAAUUUAUUGAUGACAUUCAACGGUUAGGUUUAGGGUAUCGGUUUGAGAAUGAUAUAAAGAGAUCCCUUGAUAAAAUAUUACUAUUGGAAGGAUCCAAUGCAGGGAAGGGUGAGAGUCUUCAUCAUACUGCUCUCAGAUUCAGGAUCCUCAAACAACAUGGCUACAAAGUCACUCAAGAUGUAUUUGAGGCUUUCACAGACUGUAAUGGAGACUUCAAGCCAUGCCUUUGCAAAGAUGUGAAAGGAAUGUUAAGUCUUUAUGAAGCUUCGUAUCUAGCUUUGGAAGGAGAAACCCUUCUACAUGAGGCUAUGGUUUUCACAAAGAUGCAUCUUAAAGCCCUUGGGGGAAAUAUGGACAAAAGCCUUGAAGAACUAGUGAAUCAUGCCAUGGAGCUUCCAUUGCACCAUCGAAUGCCAAGAUUAGAAGAUAGAUGGUGUAUUGAAGCAUACAAGAGAAGGGAAGGCAGAGAUGAUGUGUUACUUGAACUCGCUAUGCUAGGCUUCAACAUGGUGCAAUCGACACUCCAAGACGAGCUUAAAGACAUGUUCAAGUGGUGGAAAGAUAUGGGCCUAGCAAACAAGUUGGAUUUUGCCAGAGACAGGUUGAUGGAAUGCUUCUUUUCAGCUGUGGGGAUGGCGUUCAAACCCGAAUUUAGUAAAUGCCGGAAAGGACUAACAAAAGUGGCUGCAUUUAUAUCUUCCAUUGAUGAUGUAUAUGAUGUAUAUGGUUCGUUGGAUGAACUCGAGCUAUUUACAGAUGCCGUCACGAGAUGGGAUAUUAAUAUGGUGAAUAACCUCCCAGACUACAUGAAAUUAUGCUUCCUAGCACUCUACAACACUGUCAAUGAAAUGGCCUACCACACCCUCAAAGAACAAGGACACAAUAUCCUACCUUACUUGACAAAAGCGUGGGCUGACUUAUGCAAAGUAUUCUUAGUAGAAGCAAAAUGGGCUCACAAGGAAUACAUCCCAACCUUUGAGGAGUAUCUAGAGAAUGGAUGGCGUUCGGCAUCAGGGGUUGCAAUACUAAUUCAUGCCUACUUCUUAAUGAGUAAGAAUAUCACAAAGGAGGCACUGGAGUGCUUAGAGAACGACCAUGAACUCCUACGUUGGCCAUCUACUAUUUUACGGCUUUGCAAUGAUUUAGCUACUUCAAAAGCCGAGUUAGAGAGGGGUGAAAGUGCAAAUUCAAUAUCAUGUUACAUGCACCAAACUGGUGUCUCUGAGGAAAGUGCUCGUGAACACAUGAAAAUUUUGACUGGUGAAAGCUGGAAGAAGAUGAAUAAAGUUCGAGAACCGGAUUACGAUUCUCCUUUUUCAAAACCCUUCAUGGAAAUCGCUUUCAAUCUUGCGCGAAUUUCCGAGUGCACAUACCAGUAUGGAGAUGCCCAUGGUGCUCCGGACGCUAGAUCAAGGCAGCGAGUCCUGUCACUGAUAAUCGAGCCAAUCCCACUGAAUCUGAAGAAAUAA